AUGGAAAUCAAGGAUGAGGGUUUGAUUAUCAGAAGCUCAUCGAAGAGGAUGGCGUCCAUCAAUUACAGGACGAUGAUACGCUCGCGUGGAUAUAAGAUCGGGACGCUUGCGGCUCGGAGACUGAGGAUUGUCGAGCAACGAUAUGGGUUCUCUACCACCGGCGUGCACCGGAUGGCUGAACAUCGUCGAGAGAACUCGAUCGGGUUUAUCGGACUAGGCGCCAUGGGACAGGAAAUGGCGUCCAACUUGUUGAGCAAGUUCCCGUCUCCGAUCAGCGCCUUCGUGAUCCACGAUCACUCGCAAUCGUCAGUCGCCCGUUUCGUUGACCGGCAUCCUUCUCUCAACGCCGACUCUACUACUCGGAUUGUAACAGCGACUACGCCGGCUUCAGUUGCCAGACAAGCGUCGACGAUCGUGACGAUGCUUCCGUCCUCAGCGGAGGUUUCGGCGGUCUACUUAGACCCCAACACAGGCAUUCUGCGCGGGAUUAAUGAAGAAGAACACUCAUCCUCAGCCACCUUGUGUAUAGAUUCGACCACCCUAGAUGUCGGUUGUGCGACGACUGUUUCGGAGAAGCUGCGGGCGGCGGGGGCCGUGGAGAUGAUCGAUGCCCCCGUUUCAGGCGGCGUCGUAGGGGCUAGAGAAGGCACGUUGACGUUCAUGUGUGGGGGUCCUGAAGAGACCUUCAACAAGGCGCAACCAUUCCUGAACGCCAUGGGCAAGAAGACGAUAUACUGCGGGAAGUCGGGGAGUGGAUUGGCGGCCAAACUGACCAACAACAUGUUGUUGGCGGUCUCGAUGAUCGCUACUUCGGAGGCGAUGCUUCUCGGCCAAAGACUGGGUCUCAAACCCGACCUGCUAGCCCGCGUGAUCAACUCGAGUUCGGGGAGAUGUUGGAGCAGUGAAAUUAAUAAUCCUGCACCUAGCGCACUUCUCCCAUCCAAGAGGACCCCGGCAGACGAUGAUUGGCAGGCAGGCUUUGCGAGCCGGUUGAUGGCCAAGGACCUCGGAUUGGCCUUGCAAGCCGAACCUGCUCUCCUCCCCGAGCACCUCCCCGUCUCUAAUCUGGUCAAGGAGAUCUACCUCAGACUUACCUCGGACCCUGCGUUCUCUAAUAAGGACUUCAGUGUGGUUUAUGAUUGGCUUCAAAACAAUCACUCUCAGAAAUAA